CCCAGAGCCAUUAAAAUGAGAAAAUAAAAAAUAAAAUAACAAGUUUGUUUUGUUUGCAUCCAAAUUAUUAUUCUUAUAAAUAUUAUAUCCAUUUAUAGUGAUUAUAUCAUGGAUAUGAAUUCUGGAGAACUAAGAACUCCGGAGGAUGCCAGGAAAAUAAUAAAAACUGCUAAACUCCAUGAAUCAGAAUUAACAGAGAUUACACAGAUAUUGAGAUUCCCAAAGCCAAGUGAAAAGAAUGAUAAUCUAAGGCUUAUGUUGUUGGAUACAAAUUUGUUGGCUGAAAUUGAAUCUGGUAACGAGUUGGUAUUCAAAGGUGAUCCGGAUGAAAAUGUGGUAUUAUGCACUAGUAAUAAAACAUACGAUGUUAAAGAAGCCGAAACAUCGAACAGUCUUCUCUUAGUCCCUGAUUUAUUAUUGGGCGCAUCAACAAGUUUAGAUGAAACUAUGAAAAAUAAAUCUAUGGAAUGUGAUUCGGAUUCAUCACUUGACAAAUCUAAUGCAAGUUUAAAUAAGUCUACGGAAUCAGAUGAUGGCACGAAAACUCCACGAAUAAUACAGCAUAAGGACAUUAUUAAUACAUUCUUUACGUAUUACGAAGUAAAGCCGUGUAAGCCACGAUUAUCAAAGUUGCGGAAACUUCUAGAUCCUACAAAAUUUCAAGGUUUAGAGCUGGAAUAUGCUGUAGAUAAAUCCAAAUUAUUAAACUACGAUGCUAUAUUUGAUCAAACACAAGCAUCUAGGGCCGAGUUGGAUACUGAACUUGAAAAGAUACAAGCAAUAAAAAUAGAUGAUUAUUACCGAUUGUUAGAAUUCGAUUAUGAAUUCAGAGUUCUUUCAUAUAUGUUGGAUUUAAUAGAAGAAAACUCGUGGCCCUUAAAUAGAAUUUCUAAGGAAAUCACACUAGAGAGCUUAAAAGAUCUCGUACCUAGUUCAAUAUUGAAGGCAAUGUUUCGAUUUUACACAAAGGAAGCUGUUGUGGAAGAUAGCGUUCAAUAUUACCAAUAUAAACAAGAUAAAGUGUGUAGUUUUCUGGCUAGAGUUUUACUGAAGAGCGCUGGUAAAUUUAAUUUAGCCGAAUUUCUGCAGGCCUGGAGAGAUUCUGUGCCAGAGGGAAUGACAACUGAUGAAUCCCUGUUAUCUGGAAUAGCAUUAAUAGAUAAGACGACCAUACCGCAAGUAAUAUGGGGGUUCGCUGAAAGCGAUUUACCAGAAGAUAUUAACGAGCGUUUUAAAAUUCUAUUCCAAACAAGAACAAAAUGGACAGUGGACCAAAUAUCACCGUAUAUAGAAUGUUACGCCACGGAGAAAAUGAACGUAAAUGCUUUAUUAACUAAGUAUGCAAGAGCAUCAACUCAAGAUGGAGUAAGGGUAUUUUCUGCUAAACAUAUGAAAUAAUAUUGUUAUUAUAUUAAUAUUCAAGGGGAAUCCUCGUAUGUGUCGUGGCAUCCAAAUUUACUAAUGCUUUAAAAAGUUAUAGAGAAGAAGUAUUGCACUACUGAAGGAUUGUAAUUGUUAUAAAUAAUAGUAUAGGUGAUAUUAAUUAAAACAAGGAGAAUCUUAUUAUUUUGUAUUUUAUUAUUAUUUGUUAAUUUUAAUAAUAUAUAUUUAAUUUCAUAAUAUUAUAUAAAAUAUGUAUUAUUGUUUAUGUAUCAAAUUAUAUAUUUAUUAAGAAUUUAUAUAACACAGCCAUCACACUUAAUUUUCUGUAAUACGUAUUUUAAAAA